AGCGGAAGCCUUUCAUAGUAACAAAGCAAUGAACGGGACCGUUCCGGAAGAAGUGGUGGCAGAAUAAAACCGAUAAACUUUCGUUUGUGUUUCUAAAGAUAAGUGUCAACGUAAAGUGAGUCAAAGUUUUUUUGUGUAUUUACUUUGAAAGUUUACGGCGGGUCUAAACCAGCAUAGCCUACAGCGGGGAACUAAAAAUGGAGGUAGAAAAGGAAAUCAAGAAGAUGACCCUGGGCCAUGAAAUUGGCGCCGGGGCGGCGUGUCUGAAAUGCAAGGACAAGUGUGAGGGGUUUGAGCUUCACUUCUGGAGAAAGAUCUGCCGGAACUGUAAGUGUGGGCUUACGGACCACGAUGUGCAGAUGAACUCUGAUGAUAACAGGAAGGUGGGCAAGCUGUUCGAGGAUACCAAGUACACUGGCCUCAUUGCCAAGCUCAAAACUGACGGUGUACCCACGUACAAGGGCAACCAGGUCACCUUCUCCAUCUCUGCCAGCCCCAUAUCAGGAACCGCUGUUCCAUACAGUCCCCAGUCUGCCCACAAUGUGCCAGCCAAUGCUGGCUAUGGUGAUGGGGAUGGAGCUGGCUAUGGGUCCGGGGAUGGAGCUGGCUAUGGGUCCGGGGCUGGCUAUGGGGCUGGAGCUGGGUCCGGGGCUGGAGCUGGAGCUGGGUCCGGAGCUGGAGCUGGCUAUGGUGCUGGAGCUGGGUCCGGGGCUGGAGCUGGAGCUGGGUCCGGAGCUGGAGCUGGCUAUGGUGCUGGAGCUGGACCCGGAGCUGGUUAUGGGUCCGUGGCUGGAGCUGGGCCCGGAGCUGGCUAUGGGGCUGGGUCCGGAGCUGGGGCUGGACCCGCUACCAUGCCCAAACCUGGGGCAAUCAGAGCCACUGCUGUGUCAGCCAAUGUCGUACCUGUCAGGAAGGAUGCCGUUCCCCUGAAGUCUGUUACCUACGAGUGGGCUCCUCCAGGGGUGAAACAGCACAUGGCGGUACGCUACAUCGAGCUCCUGCCCCCAGAGAGGCGUCCCAUAGCGGGCACGGAGGGUGCAGCCUACCGCCGGCAACAGAUGGCAGUGCAGCUACCGGAGCACGACCAGGAUCCGUCCAAGUGCCAUGAGCUGACCCCUGCAGAGGUCAAACAGAUGCAGCAGUUCGUCCGCAAGUAUAAAGACGAGGCCCUGGGAGUGGGAGACAUCAAACUGCCUGAGGAGAUGAUGGGUCAGGAGGGAGGACCAGGACAGGGAGCGCCAGGCAUGGGAAGACAUGGGAUGGGAGCCCCUGGGCUUCCAGUUGGGACUGGGGGAUCCUUUGGUCCUGGAGUUGGGGCUGGGGGAUCCUUUGGUCCUGGAGUUGGGGCUGGGGGAUCCUUUGGUCCUGGAGUUGGGGCUGGGGGAUCCUUUGGUCCUGGAGUUGGGGCUGGGGGAUCCUUUGGUCCUGGAGUUGGGGCUGGGGGAUCCUUUGGUCCUGGAGUUGGGGCUAGGGGAUCCUUUGGUCCUGGAGUUGGGGCUGGGGGAUCCUUUGGUCCUGGGGCUGGGGGAUCCUUUGGUCCUGGAGUUGGGGCUGGGGGAUCCUUUGGUCCUGGAGUUGGGGCUGGGGGAUCCUUUGGUCCUGGAGUUGGGCCUGGGGGAUCCGUUGGGCCUGGAAUUGUGUCUGGGGUAGCCUUUGGGCCUGGAAUUGUGUCUGGGGUAGCCUUUGGGCCUGGAGGUUCUGGUCAUCGAACAAGGCUUGGGUCUGGGAGUAUACUCGGGCUAGCGAGUCCACCUGGGAUGGGGGCUGGUUACCCUGGGGCAGGAGAAGGUGGACCAGGAGACAUGGGUACUGCUGCCACUGCUGGGGCCAUGGGUAUUCCGGGAGCCCCUGGAGAUCACCUGGCUGGACCCUGUGGACACUAUUCGUGCCACCAGUGCCAGCUGACCAUGCGUCAGGGUGAGCCUGCAGUGUACGCAGAGCGUGCUGGCUAUGACAAUCUAUGGCACCCAGCCUGCUUCGUGUGCUGCACCUGCUCAGAGCUCCUGGUCGACAUGAUCUACUUCUGGAAGAAGGGACAGUUGUACUGCGGACGCCACUACGGAGACAGUGAGAAACCACGCUGCGGGGGCUGUGAUGAGCUCAUCUUCAGUAAUGAGUACACGCAGGCUGAGGACCAGAACUGGCAUCUGAAGCACUUCUGCUGCUUUGACUGUGACUGUGUGCUGGCUGGAGAGACGUACGUCAUGGAGAACAACAAGCCUGUCUGCAAGCCCUGCUACAUGAAGAGCCACGCCGCGGUGUGUACGGCCUGUCAGAACCCAGUGGAGCCCGAGGCCCAGCGCGUGUCCUACGGGGAGUUCCACUGGCACGCUGAGCCUCAGUGCUUCCAGUGCUCCUGCUGUGCUAAGUGUCUAAUUGGAGAGCGCUUCAUGGCCAUACAGGGAAUGCUCUUCUGCUCUGUCGAGUGCAAGAAGAAGACCAUGACCUAGAGAAGACCGUGACCGCAGUGUACCGUACAGCAGCUCAAUCUUCUCCGGCAUCCCGACCACAAUCGUAAUUUGAACUAAGCCUGGUCUAGAAUACAAACAAUAGUCUAACAAUGAAAUUAUUAAUUAGACUUGACCACAAGAGCUUAGCUAAUUAUUUUCAGUUUCCAAGUUCCUGAUGGGAUGGGGAAAAUAAUGCCUUAAAUCUAUUGAUUUGUCUUCUCUUAACAAGAUUCUCCUCUACAUCUUCUCUUUACAUGCACUGUUUUGUUCAAUCUGAGAUUUUUUUCAGAACACUUUCCUUCUUCUGAGUUUAAAGCAGCUAUGGAUGAUUCUCAACUCUGUCUACUCAAGUAUUUUUUGGUAUUAUAUCAGGAUCCCCAUUAGCUGUUGCGAAAGCAGCAGCUACUCUUCCUAGGGUCCACAGAAAACAUAACUUGUCUACUAAUGUUCUGUACCAUGUCAAGAACAGAGUCCUUCUUUGGGUUGUUCUCAAAUCCGUCUGCUUUCUCUCUAGAAUGUACUACUGAACUCGAAGCAGUAUUAUGAUUAACAAUUGCAGUGUAAUAGUAUUACAAUACGUGAUACUUUAUGUGCAGUAUUUCUGUUCUGCAGGAAGCAGCCUUUCAGUGUUGUAACAGGCUAUGCAGACUAUGCAAUGUGACCAACUGAUUCUCUCCAACCCAGUCCUGGAGAACCCCUGAUAACGCAGGCUUUCACAAGUGACAUUAUUAUGGACAACAUCACUGAAAUGUGAAGGCAGGUGAUGUCAUAUCUUCAGAACAUCUUAAAAUGAUGUACUUUGGAGGACCAAUGAAAUGAUCAGAAAUCGUUAAGUGGUUAUCUGUACUGUGGCGUCAACUUAUCUACUGCCUUCUCUCCUUCCUGCAGUCUUUUUAUAUUAUAAUUGGUUUCUCUCGCAGUCUUCACAAUAAGUGCCAUUGGCUUUCCUUUAUUUCUCUUGCACUUUAUAUUUUAUCCUCACACUGUAACAACCUAAUAAAGUUUUUUGCAAUGA